AUGUCUGUGGCGGAGGGCAGUCUGUCGGCCCACGGGGUUACACGCAGUUUCGGCUGGUUUCAUUACAGUAUGCUAAUCUCCAGCCAACGCCCGCCAUUUCCCAUUCACCAGCAGGCCCCUUGGAUCCCAGCCAGAGAACAGAUAUGCAAACACGCCAGGCUGGAAGACGCAUUUUUAUUCCUCCGCAUUUGGCAGUUGAGACAAACUGGGACGACGUACAUCUUCGGGCGCGGCGGAGCCCUCAUCACUUACACCUGGCCUCCUAACGACCGGCCGAGCACGCGGGCAGACCGGCUGGCCGUGGGCUUCAGCACGCAGCUCAAAGAGGCCGUGCUGGUCAGGGUGGAGAGCGCCAAGGGACUGGGAGACUACCUGGAGCUGCACAUAUUUACCCCCUGUAAAGCUGCUGUCGCCUCCCGCUCUGAGCAGAUUGGGGUCGUGGCCCGGUGCAGCGAAGGCCUCGGUGCUGGAUGCGACGGUUAA